AUGGAGGAGCCAAAGAGAAAGAGCUUCCUCGACGUCGUCAAGCACAACCUUAGCUUGGCAGAUCGGUCGGAACCUGUCACGAGAUUUGUUUAUGUCGGUAGCUACAGUGGAUGUAGGGAUGACUUGCAAAGAUGGAUGAAGAACAAUGUCAAGGAACUGAACGAAGAGUAUAAGAAGAUUGUAUUUACUGGAUUGUUGCUUGUGUAUCCCGAAAGUGUCGUGCAUUUGAUUGAAGCUUCGGAAGAAGCAAUUUAUAAGCACUUACAAUUUGUUCAAAAGGACAAGUCUUCUAUGCUUAAAAAUGUCAUUCUCCUACCAGCUCGUUACUUUCUGUAUAUGAAGUAUUUUUCUGAAUGGCAUAUGGCAUACGUGACAAACCCUCCUAUGCUGUUUGAUCAAAUUGAUAGUCAAGAGUUGGAAGAAGUUGGCAAACAAAUAAGAAAUUGCUUAUUCAAAAUUUACUCGUUGUGCGAAUACCUGUCGAACCACAAAAAAAUGAUUGAUCAUUUGAAAGAUUUAAGUGAAUUACAACAUCUACUACCAGAAGUUACCGUAGUUGAGUACAUACUUUCUUUAACAGUGCCAGAAGUACAAAAUCUAAAAAUGUAUUUGAAGGAAUUCAAUCAAGUUCCACUUAUUCAUCUAUACAAUGGUAAAUAUCAUAGGUUAUUUUUAAUAUCAUUAGGUUGA